AUGGUCCGCGCCGCUCCCUCGCUCGCCGGCCUCCCGUUCGACAUCGCCCCGAGGUCGCACAAGCCCGCGCAGAAGGCCGCGCCAUCGUCGCCCUCGAGUCGACCCUCGUCACGCACGUCGCUCCCGAAAGAGUGCGAGGCCAUCCUGCGCGCGCAGGGCGUCACGCCCGCGACGGUCGCCAUCCUCGACGGGCGCAUCAAGGUCGGCCUCGACGACAAGGACCUCGACCUGCUCGCGGCCAAAGGGUGGGAGGCGCGCAAGGACAAGCGGGUCGCAGAAGGGCUGUGGAAGGUCGGCAGGAGGGAACUUGGAGCCGCAUUGGUCAAGCGCGUCGACGGCGGGACGACUGUGUCGGGCACGAUGGCGGUUGCGCAUCUCGCGGGCAUCAAGGUCUUCUCAACGGGCGGCAUCGGCGGCGUCCACCGCGGCGCAGAGACGAGCUUCGACAUCUCGUCCGACCUCAUCUCGCUGAGCGACACGCCCGUCGCCGUCGUGUGCGCCGGCUCCAAGUCGAUCCUCGACAUCGGCUUGACGCUCGAGUACCUCGAGGCGCACGCUGUCCCUAUUGCCGGCUUCAAGACGUCGGCCUGGCCCGCCUUCUACACUGCCGACUCGGGCUUCAAGGCGCCGAUGCAGCUCGACUCGGCCACGCAGGUCGCCGAGACGAUCCUCCAGCAGGACCGGCUCGGGCUCACGGCGGCGCUCCUGCUCGGCAACCCGAUCCCGCACGAGUACCACCCCGUCGGCGACGAGCUGCAGCGUGCGGUCGACCAGGCCGUCGAGGAGAGCGUCGAGAACGGCGUCAGCAAGAGCGGCAAGCUCGUCACGCCGUGGCUCCUGCAGCGCGUCGCCGAGCUGUCGCAGGGCAAAUCGCUCGAGAGCAACAAGGCGCUCAUCCGCAACAAUGUCAAGGUCGGCGGCGAGGUCGCGCUCGAGUACGCGCGCUUGCUCAAGAGCUCGUCAGCAUCGUCGUCGUCAUUCCAGCCGUCCCUCCCACCCUCUCCACCACCUUCUCCUCCUCUCGCCGCCGCAUCCUCCUCUGCCUUGACCUCGGCCGUACCGCUCGAACCUCUUCCUUCGGCCUCGCUCGUCGUCGCAGGCGUCCUCGCCGUCGACAUCACCAUGUCGCCCACGGCCGUCUCGCCCUUGUCGACGACCGCUCCCGGCCGGGUAGGCCUCACGCUCGGCGGCGUCGCAGGCAACGUGUCGGGCGCGGCACACUCGCUCCUCGGCGGGAGCGAGGUGCUCCUCGUCGCGGCGGUCGCGGGCGACCUCCUCGGCGGCGUCGCGCGGUCGGGCCUCGAGGGGAGGGGGAUGCGCACGGACGGGUUGGUGGAGGGGAGCGGGGCCAUGGCGACGUGCGGGUACCUGCUCGAUGAGCGAGGAGAGCUCGUGGGAGGGGUGGCGGACAUGGCGCUGUCGAAGGAACUGACCGGGACCAAGAUCGUCCAACGCAUCGAGCAGAUGCGGCCCAAGGUUGUCUGCUUCGACGCCAACAUCGAGAUCGACGCCAUGGUCGACGUCCUCUUGCACUGCGAGAAGACGGGCUUGCCGACCUUCUUCGAGCCGACGUCGAACGCCAAGUCGCUCAAGAUCCUCCUGGCUCUCGAGUCGCGCGCCGUGGCCGCGCUCGGGCCCCUGUCGACCCCGCUCGUGUCGUUCUCGGCGCCGAACAUCCACGAGCUGCACGCGCUGUACGACGUCGUCGCCUUUUCCGAGCACUCGGUCUACACGCCCGGCGCCUGGUUCGACGACAUCACCGUCUCGGCGCAAGACCUGUCGGUCCUCCUCCCCUCGUGGGCGACGAGCACGGGCGCGGCGCAGAUGGCGGUCCGGCUCCUGCCCGUCGUGCGCACCCUGUUCGUCAAGUCGGGCGCCGAGGGCGUCCUCGUCGUGCAGCGCGUGUCGGGCGUCGACCAGGUCGCGGCGUGGCGCUCGCUCCCGCGCCGCAAGGGCACCGUCGUCGUCCCGAAUUCGGCGUCGCCCGCCGAGGCCGUCGUCCUUCGGCACUACCCGGCGCUCAAGCUCGACGCGGGCGAGGUCGUCGGCGUGACGGGCGCGGGCGACAACCUGGCGGGCGCGACGCUCGCCGCCAUGGCGCGUGGACUCAGGGCCGACGUGCCGAGCGAGCUGGACCGCAUCGUCGACCUGGCGCAGAGAGCGGCGGUCGGAGCGCUCAAAAGCGAGGAGGCGGUCGGCGACCACUCGGGUCUGCGAGCGUUGCUGCCGGUCUUGUAG